AUGCCGAAAUACAAAAGCAAGUCAAAAGUGAAGCGUGGCCAAGCUCUUCAAAACUAUUGGCAAUUGAGAAAUCAGCGGAAAUUCCAUUCAGAAAAUCUGGGCAAAGAUCCGUCAACUGAAUCUAAUGCAUUACAUUCAUCUACGACUAUUGCAAAAACUCACGUUCCGUUCGGUGUUGCAGUUGAUGAGGAGAUUCCGUUGCCAGAUAUUACGCAACAACAAGAUAACAUUUUACCGGAAUUAAUUAUUGAAAAGGAUCAACCAGAAACAGGAAAAAGAAAUAUAUCUGGCAGACGAAUUGUUGAUAUAAAAUACUUUUUUUCAAAAUUACAAGAAAUCAGCAAUCAUAGCCCAUAUAACUGUGGAGUACAAAGUUUAAAAAUUGUUGGAGAGAAACGAGUUGGACUGUCAUCCAAGUUUACUCUAGAAUGUUUAAUGUGUAAAGGAAAGUUUUUAUUAAGUAAUAUCCCAGCUGUGGUUGCCGGUGCAGUUUCUGUUGGUAUUGGCUACUCACAAUUAGAUGAAUUACUAUCAGCAAUCGAUUUACCUAUGAUGACUGAGCCUCUGUACCAAAAACAGCAUGAGUUUGUUUCUAACGCCUGGGAAAAAGCACUUGGUCAAUCCAUGCAAGAAGCCGCAGAAGAAGAAAAAAGGAUUGCUUUAGAAAAAGGUCGUGUAACCACUGGUGGCAUACCUAUUAUAGAUGUUAUUGCUGAUGGAUGCUGGAAAUGUUUUCACAGCAUUGUGGCCAAGUUAGUUGGGGGUAAAAGAGUAAAUUACUCUCUGCGAAGCGGCUAUCAAGCUAGAUGUUCAGCUUCUGCGGUUACGUUCAAUACUAAAAGAAAACCUACUACAAUAUUGUACAAAACGAUUGUUGGCAAAAGCCCUAAAGGCCGAAUGAGCACUUUCGAUAAUAAGUAUCGGAAACUCAGAGGCUUGAAGAAACGCGCCAAUUAUAAAAAGCCGCAGAAGACGUGUGACGCUAUAACUCAAAAUAAAGAUUAUGGUGAACAAAGCUCUAAACCGGAUAUGGGUGAAGAUGUUCUUAAUUUAAUGAAGGAAACUUUUUUAUCCAAUUUAAAAAAAAGUAAAGAAGAAAGAACAUGGAUUGAGCGGCAGACCAUUUUGCAAAGCGAGUCUAGCGAAUGGCUUGAACUUAGACGUUCUUUGUUGACAGCUUCGAACUUUGGCAAAGUGAUCAAAAUGAGGCCGGAUACUAGUUGUGCCAAUAUAGUAAAGCAAUUGCUGUACAAAAUUAAUAUAGAUGCCGUUCCUUUGCAGCACGGAAGAGAAUAUGAAAAAAAAGCGCUACAACAAUUAUCUAUGCAAGAAGCAGUGGAUAUAAGACCUUGUGGGCUUUAUAUAGAUAACGAAAUUCCGUAUUUGGGGGCUACACCAGAUGACCCAAGACAUACUAGAAAUAUGGAAAUUCGUAAUCCAAUCUAUGUAAUAGAAUCUAUAAAAAAAAGAAGAGAAAAAAAACUCAAGAAGAAAAUCCAAAGCAUAAUUCCAAUUGCUGAGCAGGAAGAAAAUACAACGCUUUCGUUAUAUCAAGAAUCGACACGUUCGUCAACACCAGUAAUUCCAGAAGCGGAGCAACCAACCUAUUCACGAUACUUUGAUUAUAAUGAAUUUUAA